CCGCCAAAAAAGGAAUAAAAUAUUUCGGAAAUUAAUAAGAAAACCACAAAAACGGAACAAGUUUCGAGCUUCAAGGUCAGCUUCUUCACUUAGAAUAUAACCAAGUGUCAACAAAGUCAAUUUUCCGAUCAUAGCUUUUUAGGGUUCCGUUGACUUCAAAUUUGACAUGGCUAAUUCCUCAAUCGUAGCUCUUCUUCUUCUCUUUGUUAUCGCUAGUUCCGUCAAUGGAGGAGAUCAAGAGUAUCCAAAUCAAUAUCUAACAGAAGCUUUAGGUGAUAAAGAAUGGUUAGUGUCUGUAAGAAGACAAAUCCAUGAAAACCCAGAACUCCUUUUCGAGUUACAUAAAACAAGUGCUCUGAUUCGUCGCGAGCUUGAUGAAUUAGGGGUUUCUUAUUCUUACCCGGUUGCGAAAACCGGGAUCGUAGCUCAAAUCGGAUCCGGUUAUCCUCCGGUUGUUGCUCUCCGUGCUGAUAUGGAUGCUCUUCCCUUACAAGAACUUGUUGAGUGGGAUCAUAAGAGCAAAAUCGAUGGAAAAAUGCAUGCUUGUGGUCAUGAUUCUCAUACCACUAUGCUCCUUGGUGCUGCUAAAUUGCUUAGCAAACGCAAACGUAUGCUCAAUGGAACAGUGAGGCUUCUUUUUCAACCAGCAGAAGAAGGUGGUGCAGGUGCUUUUCAUAUGAUAAAAGAAGGUGCUUUGGGUGAUUCUGAAGCAAUAUUUGGGAUGCAUGUUCAUACUGGCUUACCUACAGGAGAAUUAGCAACAAUCUCGGGUCCUGCUUUGGCAUCCACAAGCAUUUUCAGUGUAAGAAUGAGUGGUAAAUCACCCGCUUCUUCGGAGACCUAUUCUUGUGUUGAUCCGGUGUUGGCUGCAUCAUCUACCAUCUUAGCAUUGCAACUUAUUAUCUCCAGAGAAGUAGAUCCUCUCUUAAGCCAUGUGCUCUCUGUUACAUUUAUGAAAAGUGGCGGUUCUGAGUUUGAUGUGAUUCCGGCAUAUGUAGAAUUUGGGGGAACUUUGAGGAGUCUUACAACCAAUGGCAUCAACUGGUUGAUAAAGCGGUUGAAAGAGGUGGUUGAAGGACAAGCUGAAGUACAAAGAUGCAAAGCGGAUAUAGAUAUGCAUGAAGACGAUCAUCCUAUGUAUCCAGCAACAGUGAACGAUCACAAGCUACACGAAUUCACUGAAAAGGUUUUGAAACUCUUGCUUGGACCCGAGAAGGUGAAACCGGCUAACAAGGUAAUGGCGGGUGAGGAUUUUGCUUUCUAUCAACAAAAAAUACCCGGUUACUACAUAGGAAUCGGUAUAAGAAACGAAGAAAUCGGUUCUGUGCGUUCGGUUCAUUCGCCUUAUUUCUUCCUCGACGAGAAUGUGCUUCCCAUUGGAUCAGCAACGUUUGCUGCCUUAGCUGAAAUGUAUCUACAAGAGCAUCAGAAUCAAACUAAGUCUGGAGAUUGAGAAAGUUACUAAACAAAAGCUUAGUUAAUUGCCUUCACAAGUAAAUGCUAUUGUUUUUAUAAAAUGCAAUUUUUACAACUUCAAGAAAUCAAGUUGUAUAUUAUAAAAAUUGUAAGUAAUGGGUCUCUGUCUCAUAUGGUAGGUGCAGAUGUCUGAGUCUGAGACACCAAAAACGAUGUCGUUUAGUUUCGAGAUAUCGACAAAAAAAAAUCUGGUGAAUUUUUAUG